AUGCGGCGCUGGUGGGGGCCGGGCGGGCAGCGGAGGCCCGACGGGAUCAUCCUGGUCGAGCAGGUGGCCGUCGCCGCCGCCGCGGACGGCGGCGCCUCCGCCUCAGAGGCGGCGCGGCAGGUGUGGGGGCUGGUGGUGCAGGGGCGCGGCAUGGAGUACGCGUCGUGCUAUGUGCUCAACACCUGCCGCGUCCGCUCGUCGGCCGGGUUCUGCACGCACUUCUGCCUCGCGCGGGUGCAGUGCUUCGGCGACCCCAUCGAGCUCUAG